AUGUUUUUUUUUAAAGAAAUUGGUUUCGCAUAUAAGAAACUAAUUGUCAAACCAAGGGUGAGUCAAAAUUGUAACGAGAACGAGUUUCAAGUCGAAAAGCGCCAUUUCUUGCCGGAGUUCUUUUUCUGGUUUCUCAGUUGGGACAGUAGAAGGACCUCCAACUGGAGCCGGCAGCUUCUGCAGACUGAAAGAAAAAGAGGAGCAGGACCUCGUUGUAAGAGUUGAUUUCAGCAGCUCAGUCCACGGCGAACGCCAUGCACUCUCUGAUUCGCCAAUCCGCAGCUCAUGUACGAGCCAAUUCCCACUUCAUUCACAUUUCAACAUCUAAAGCUCCGUCAAUCAAAGAGACGGGCCUCUACGGCUAUCAUCAUUUGAAAACUCCUAAAGGCUUUCAACGAUUCGUCGACGAUGCUAUUGAGAGGUCAGAAGAACUUGUGAACUAUAUAGCUGGCAUGCCUUCAUCUCCUGAAAUUAUCCGAGCAAUGGAUGAGAUUUCUGAUACUGUGUGCUCAGUAAUUGAUUCUGCUGAAUUGUGCAGACAUACUCAUCCAGACAGGGAGUUUGUUGACGAGGCAAGCAAGGCGGGCUUACGAAUAAAUGAGUUUUUACAUUACCUUAACACAAACCAUAGUAUAUACAAGGCAGUGAUAAAAGCAGAAACAGACAGCUCACUCACUCAUGAAGCUCAGAGGGCAGCCCGCUUUCUACGGAUGGACUUGGAAAAGGGGGGAAUCCAUCUUUGCCCUGAAAAACUUGAUCGAGCUAAUGAGCUAUCCAUUGACAUUAUUCAGUUGUGUAGAGAGUAUAAUACAAAUAUUAUUACUGACCCUGGCCAUGUGGAUAUAUUUCCAGCCUCUAAGAUCCCUAAAAGAAUGCACCAUUUUGUCAGCCCUAUCUAUCGUAACAUACCAGGUGCAUCUAAGGAAUCUCUGGGGUCAAGCGAUAACAUAAAAGAAAAAGGAUUCCGCAUAGCAACUGAGCCAAGUACUCUGCAAGGCUUUCUUCAAUGUUUACCAGAUGCUGGGGUCAGGAAGAUGGCAUAUGUCCAAGGAAAUUCUGUUCCACAUGCAAACCUUGAGGUUCUUGAUAAGCUUAUCGCAACAAGACAUGAGUUUGCUCAGUGUAUAACGCCAGAAAUAGUGGCGCUAUAUAUUAACGGUGCUGUUAUCGUUAAUAUAUAG